CCACUGGCAGUCUCUGCAGUCAUUCACACAGAUUCAAAGCACCCAGCAGUUCUUUCAGUCUCUUUGCUCAGUAUAUCAAUUCAGUCAUGUCUGGACGCGGAAAGAGCGGUAAGGCCAGAAGCAAGGCAAAGAGUCGAUCCGCCAGGGCCGGACUUCAAUUUCCCGUUGGUAGAGUACACCGCUUCUUGAGGAAGGGCAACUACGCUCAGCGCGUUGGUGCUGGCGCCCCUGUCUACUUGGCGGCAGUCAUGGAGUACCUCACGGCAGAAAUACUGGAACUGGCUGGUAAUGCUGCUCGAGACAACAAGAAAUCAAGAAUCAACCCCCGUCAUCUACAGCUCGCUAUCCGAAACGAUGAAGAGUUGAACAAGUUGCUCAGCGGUGUCACCAUUGCCCAGGGUGGUGUACUUCCCAACAUCCAAGCUGUCCUGCUGCCAAAGAAAACCGCCAAGUCAAGCUCUUAAACUCAGCUCUUGCUACACUGAUAAACCAAACGGCUCUUACGGAGCCACCACAUCAAUCCAAAGAGAGAUU